GAAGCUGUGAGAGCUGACAGCAGACCGGAGAGCAGAGAGCUGAAACAGAUAGAUGCGUUAUUGUUACUCAAGUGUCCCCACUGUCUUUAACAUUUUACCAAAUUUCCAGCCAUGGAGUUGUCUGAAAUACUGUACAACAAAGCGGAGUACAUUGAGACGGCUUCUGGCAACAAAGUGAGCAGACAGUCAGUACUGUGUGGGAGUCAAAACAUCGUCCUCAAUGGCAAAACUAUUGUCAUGAAUGACUGCAUCAUCAGAGGCGACCUGGCUAAUGUCAGGGUGGGCAGACACUGUGUGGUGAAGAGCCGGAGCGUCAUUCGACCACCUUUCAAAAAGUUCAGCAAAGGAGUGGCGUUCUUCCCGCUACACAUUGGGGACCAUGUCUUCAUUGAGGAAGACUGUGUGGUCAAUGCAGCACAGAUUGGUUCCUAUGUCCACAUUGGCAAGAACUGUGUCAUAGGUCGUCGCUGUGUGCUGAAGGACUGCUGCAAGAUCCUAGACAACACCGUGCUCCCCCCUGAGACCGUGGUGCCGCCUUUUACCGUCUUCUCCGGAUGCCCAGGUCUGUUUUCAGGAGAGCUCCCAGAGUGCACGCAGGACCUGAUGAUUGAUGUAACUAAGAGUUACUACCAAAAGUUCCUGCCCCUCAGCCAGAUCUGAGUCCUGCCCCAAAACCUUCUGCAGGAUCCACACCCUUUCCAGCCAGUUCCAGGUCUCCCUCAUCAGACUGAAAUAGACUCUGAGAUCCUACCUUUGCUGUCAGAGGCCCAGAGUUUCUUUGCCCAGAGAAAAACAUUUGGUCAUAUUAAGAGCCCUUAUAUGAUUCUAAUCAUAAUAAAAUCUGAUGCAGCUGCAGAAGGCAGUUUUGUAUGUUUGCAGCUCCAAAUUGCAGUGACAAGUCUUUUAAAUUCAGAAAUCCUCUAAGACAUGCUUUUGUUUACCAUCCCACCUAGUCUGAGAUGCCUUUAAGGGGCACAGAUAAAAAUUUGAUCCACAGGCGCUCAGUUUUAGAUUUUCUAUUGUAGUAUGUUGGCAUAGUCUGGUCGGCGUGCUGUGGAGAAACUCAAGGACCUCUGCUGCGGCUGGCUUUGCUCUCUGACAGCAGCUGCAGGUGAAGGUGACGAGGUGGAGGAGCUGUGAGAGGAAGGUAAACGGUGGGGGUGUUUGAAGAAUGUGGGAACACGGCUUGUAAAAUAACACCCAUGGACCAAAACAAUAGCAACAGCAGUUGUUUGAGGAUGAUGGCUGUACGUGUGCGUUACUCAUGUCCACAGUUCAUUGAGGCAACCAAGCAGUACACUCAUAAUCACUACUUGUGAAAUUCUCUUAGUCUCUAUCAUUGUAUUUUUGAUGUUGAAGGUUUGCUUUCUCCUUUACUGGCUUAUGUAAUUUGUCAUAAAGCUUAUUUAAUAUUGUUUGGAUUUAUAUUUUAUGUUUCAAGUGAUCAACUGCAGUGUUAAGUUGAAUAUGUCUGUGUGUGCAGCCCUCUGUGCUUUGCCUUUGUCAUUUUCUUUGAGCACACAAAAAGCCAGAGCCAAAUCUAAAAGUCUAAAAUAGUGCACCAGUUCAAUAAAUACAACUGAAAACCUGCAGCAUUUGGGCUCAGCUGUCUUGUGCUCUACAACACAAAACUGUUUAAUGUAGUAACUGUAUUCAAAGAAUCAGAUGUUUCAUGAGGAAACAGUGUUUUGUUAACAGAAAACCAGAUGUAAACAUAACUUUUGUUUGUUCCACAGGGAACCUUUAAACAUGCCCUGAGGAGUUUUCUUGUAGACAUAAGUUAUGUUUGCAUUAAAUGUUACUACCAAAACACAUGGUUUGUAUCCUUAAAGUCUAACAGAUGUAUUUCCUUCCACAGUGAACAUCUGCAAAGCCAUUUUUUCAAGUUUGAAUCUUGCAUUUACACCUUCCCACACUACCCCAUGCAGACACUUUGCAUGCAAGUUUCAAUUGCUGCCGUCUAGCACCACCUAGUGGCGUACAGCAGAGCCUCAUUUGAAGAGAAAUGUUGAUCCCCAUCUAAGCAUGUCAUUUCUAAGCUUUCAGUAGCUCAUCGCAGAAAUCAAGUCACCAAAAACUGAAACCAGAGCUCUGAAAAUCCCAGACGUACUUCAAUGACAGUUCCACAAUGUUUCAAAUGUAUCACUCAGGUGUUUGCUUUCACCUGUAACGUGGAUGAAAGCCAAUGUGACAAAUGGCUUUUUUUUUUUUUCUUAAAAAUUCACAGGCUCCUUUAACUGCAACACAAGUCAGUUGGGUUUUUCUUGCUUAUGCAUCUUCUCAUGAAAUGUGGACAUCUUCAACCUCUGGCUCUUCUUUGACCAAACAAUAAAAAUAAAAU